UGGUGACGUCUGUGUCCCCUCAGCUACCAGUGGCCCCCUGCCAUAUUUAUUCAUGCCGGGCAAGAUGGCGGCGAUACGGACGGGGUGUUAUUGCCAGUGGACAUAAAAAAGGAAUUUUAUUCAUAAUAUAAAACCGAGUCAGACACGGUUAUAUAUUUGACCAAACUGUGUGUAUAUUUACCACGCAACGAGCGUCGACGUCUUUUUUAUUUUACGCAUUUUAACGUGUUUUUUCUUAUAAAAUGUUCACGUUGUAGCUCGUUCGCUAACCGACCAGCUGGCUAACAGAGCAGUUACUAGCUAGCUAGCUAUCUAUUACAGCCAAGCCGCCGUGAAGUGUAGAAUGGGAGAAAAGCUGGAGCUCAAGCUCAAAUCGCCGGUUGGAGCAGAACCCGCUGGCUAUCCGUGGCCAUUACCAGUAUACGAUAAACAUCAUGAUGCUGCUCAUGAAAUCAUCGAGACUAUUCGGUGGGUGUGUGAGGAGAUCCCAGACCUCAAACUGGCAAUGGAAAACUAUGUACUCAUUGACUAUGACACCAAAAGCUUUGAGAGUAUGCAGAGACUUUGUGACAAGUACAACAGGGCUAUCGACAGCAUUCACCAGCUGUGGAAAGGGACCACUCAGCCCAUGAAACUGAACAAGCGUCCUUCUAAUGGGCUGCUGAGACACAUCCUACAGCAGGUGUACAACCACUCAGUGACUGACCCAGAGAAGCUGAACAACUACGAACCGUUCUCCCCUGAAGUGUACGGAGAGACCUCGUUCGAUCUGGUGGCUCAGAUCAUUGACGAGAUGGAAAUGAUGGAAGAAGACACCUUUGUUGACCUCGGCAGUGGAGUGGGGCAGGUAGUGCUGCAGGUUGCAGCAGCAACCAACUGUAAACACUACUAUGGUGUAGAGAAAGCAGAUAUUCCAGCUACCUAUGCAGAGACCAUGGAUAAGGAAUUUAAAAAGUGGAUGAAAUGGUAUGGGAAGAAACAUGGAGAGUACACACUGGAGAGAGGUGAUUUUCUGUCUGAAGAAUGGAGAGAAAGGAUUGCCAACACAAGUAUCAUUUUUGUGAAUAACUUUGCCUUUGGUCCAGAAGUAGAUCACCAGCUGAAGGAACGCUUUGCUAACAUGAAGGAAGGUGGGAAAAUUGUAUCCUCCAAACCUUUUGCACCUUUAAAUUUUAGAAUAAACAGUCGAAACUUGAGUGAUAUUGGCACAAUAAUGCGUGUAGUGGAGCUUUCUCCACUGAGGGGCUCUGUGUCCUGGACUGGAAAGCCAGUGUCCUACUACCUGCAUACCAUCGACCGCACCAUACUUGAAAACUAUUUUGCUAGUCUCAAAAAUCCUAAACUCAGGGAGGAGCAAGAGGCAGCUAGGCGACGUCAGCAGAAGGAUACAAAGGACAAUAAAAGCAAUAGCACCACGCCCACAAAACCUAAAGAACAAAGCAAGGAGUCCUGCGGGGAAGAGGAGCGUCCUAGCUUGGUAACAGUGGUCAAGCCCACGACCAAACCUCGAAGAACCCGGCUCUUGUCCAAAGGUCGCAAGUUGAACAACAAGAAGCGUGGCCGACCCAAGAAAGCCACCCCAGCUGCUGAGAAGAAAAACAAGAAAAAUCAGAUUGCAUUGGAUUUGCUCCACGCCAAGACUCUUUCUGCAGCACCUCCUCAGGAUGCAUACCGGCCACCUCAGAGUCCCUUCUACCAGCUACCUCCCAAGGUCCAGCACUAUCCCACUAGUCAAAUGCUGCUCAGCCCGACUCCUCCUGGUCUGCAACAACUGCUAGAUAACAUCAAAGCUCAGUACCUCCAGUUUAUGGCCUACAUGAAGACUCCUCAGUACCGCUCCAACCUGCAGCAGCUUUUAGAGCAGGAGAAGCAAAAACACAGGGACCUGUCAGGGCAGGCGGAGCAACUCCACUCUGUCUGUCAAUUUCAUAAGGAGAGGAUCAAAGGUCUCUUUCAAACCAAACUAGAUGAGUUGGGUGUGAAAGCUCUGACUGUGGAGGACCUGCUGCAGGCCCAGAAGGAGAUAUCAGCUCACAACCAUCAGCUGAAAGAGCAGACCAAGCAGCUUGAGAGAGAGAUGGCCUUGCUGAGAGACCACAGCCUGCUACUGUUGAAGUCUCGAUGUGAGGAGCUGAAGCUAGACUGGGGCUCCUUGUGUCUGGAGAGCCUGUUGAAGGAGAAACAGGCACUGCGCAAGCAAAUCUCUGAGAAACAGAGACACUGCUUGGAGCUGCAGAUUAGCAUUGUGGAGCUGGAGAAAAGUCAAAGGCAGCAGGAGCUGCUUCAACUGAAAUCCUACUGCCCAGGUGAGGGCUCACCAUAUAGAAAGAAUUUGGAGUCACGCUGUUCCACAGACAUGGACUCCUCAAAGUUUGGCUUGACUUCAGCCCCAGCCCUCAAUGGUGUCAGCCCAGAGCCUUGUAUCAAUGGCACCAGCUCACCCUGUUUUGACCGGGCCAACACCAAGGGGGAGCUUCUUUCUCGUUACCUGCCCAUCUCUCCUGACCAUGACAUUAUGUCUGCGACCACUGAUGCUCGGCAGAGGCAGCAAAGCCUCUCCCAUGCUCUUCCUGACUACACACGCUUCUCCCCCGCCAAGAUAGCCUUGCGAAGGCAUCUUAACCAGGACCCUACUGCCUCUGCUCACUUGAGAGGUCCAGGGCUGACCACAAACAGGGAAUUGGGUGGUGUUAACUCGCCACUUGGAGCCAAACAGAACUGCCCUUCUCCCAUUGCAUCUGAUAUCCAGAAUACUCCUAAAAGUUCUGAAAGGGGUGGUAAAGAGAGGAGUCCGUCUGUUCAGGGUGACAACAGCAUUACAAGCCUUCCCAUUAGUAUCCCCCUGAGCACUGUCCACCCAAGCAAAUUACCAGUCAGUAUCCCACUGGCCAGCGUGGUGCUACCCAGUCGUGCUGAGAGACUGAGAAGUACUCCGAGUCCUGUCUCUCAGGCAGGCCAGACCAAUGGGUAUUCCUCAAGCUCAGGGAUGAUGAAUGGAGGUCCCCACCCAGAGGACCACAAUGGUGCUUCUUCAUCAACUCCUCCACACAGCAACACUCCUCUGACAGGACCAAUGGGCCGAGGAGGUCCCAUCCAGAGCCCCCCACCCAGUACUGGAGGGGUGCUCCAGUAUGCAGAUGGACCCCCGAGGAUUCUUCCAGAAGACCGCCACGGUGGAGAAUCUGACACAGAGCCCCAAGACAGCGAACUGCGGAGGAGAAUCUUCUUCUCUUCUUCCUCCUCUUCAUCCUCGUCUUCCUCUUCAUCAGGCAGUGGAGGCAGCACGGCUGGAGGAACACGCCUCCACCAUCACACUGGCAACUCAGCCAAGCAGGGAUACCACAGUAUCCAUGGAAACCACCACCACCGGUCCCCCAGCACGCAGCACACCCACACACCCACACAUACGUCAUCAUCACACUCCUCUCACAGCCUAGGCUCUCAAGAGGGACGCAAGCGGGGAAGAAGGAAACGCAGCUCUGCAGGGACUGUCACAGCUAGUGGAUCUCCAAAGAGGAGGUCGUUCCCCGGGCUCAGCUCCAACAGCCACUCCUCAGGUUCACCACUAAAUAUUAACUCUAUGGUUAACAACAUCAACCAGCCUCUGGAGAUCUCUGCCAUCUCCUCCCCAGAACAGUCAAGCCGCAGCCCCAAUGGGCUUGACCUGGACCAGCCUCCCGUCCUGAAGAGAGAGCGCCCCCUAGAGCUCAAUGGCACAGGUCGUUACUCAGCCCCCAGUUCUGAUGAUGAUGACUCAGGAUACCCUGCUGACAGCUCAAGUUCAAGAAUUGAGAGAAAAAUUGCCACUAUAUCCUUGGAGAGCAGAGAUGGACCUGGAAGACUAGGUGAUAGUGAAAGAGGCAGAAAAUCUGGUAGCAGCAGUGGUAACAGCACAGGUAGUGAGGCCUCCUCUUCAUCUUCCUUGUCCUCUACCAGCAAGUGGAAAUCUACCUUUUCACCCAUUUCUGACCCCAAGCAGCCCAACUCCGACCUGAGACAGGGGGGCUCUCCAUUUGGUAUGGGAGCGUCGAGCCGGGGCACAGAUUCAGAUUCUGAUCACAAACAGCAGGUGAGAAAAGGGAGUGAUGGAGACUCAUCCAACUACAUGACCCCCAACCCCUUCCUCAGUCAGGAGACAGGAACCCGAAGUGGGGGUAGCAGUGGUGGUGGUCCCCAGGGAGGCAGUUGUUCAGACCAACGCCAGACCCAGAAGCAAAAGGCACCCCGUGACUGGGAGCUGAAGACCAGCAGCAGCCUGGCCAGUCAGAACCUUUUCAUUUCUGCUGCUGCCAGCAGCGGAGGGAUUCUGAGUGGAAAGGUGGGAGGCAGUCCUGUAGCAGUUUCCUCAACAACAGGAUCAUCAGUGGGACAGUACCUGGGGUCUCAGUUCCCUCUUGGGGGGACCUCAGUCUUACAGUCCUUGUUCGGGGCCCAGACAGGCAGCACCACGGUUAGUGGAUCCCCACGUCUUGUCAAUGGACACUCUGCCCUGGGAAACUUUUCCAGUGCUGGGCUGGCAGGGGGAGCGGCUGGAGGUAUAUUUCACCACGUGGUUCCCUCAGUGUCCUCCCAUCAGUUUGGGGUGACGCUGCCCACCUCUGGAGGCCUCAGCUCUCUGCUCAGUCUCUCCUCCUCUUCCUCUACCUCCUCCCAAACCCAGCAGCUCACCACCCCCCCACCAGCCUCCACGCGCCUGGCCUCCGUGUCCUCACCUCUCCCCCUCUCCCAGGCUCAACAUAGCCGCACCCAGUCAGUCCUGCAUAGCCCUUCUCCUCCCACACUCUCCCUGCCCCCUCCUCCACCCCUACACAGCGUCCCCUCCUUGUCAACAACCACGCAUUCAGAUGCCCUGCCAUCCUCUCGAUCAGACUCCCUCCACUCCUCCCGUAUGUCACACUCCGCUCUCCACCACCAGAGAACACAGUCAUCCCUCUCUGUCUCCAUCUCCUCCUCCAACUCUGCCUCCUCUGCUUCUGUCUCUGCUGCUGCCGCCGCUACUGCCUCCCUCUCCUCUUCCUCUCUGUCAGCCUCCUCCUUGUCUCGUCCAUUCACAGUGCACUAUUCCCCUCGGCUGACCCCUCCACCACCAGUCAGCGGCUCAGGUGGUGGUGGGAGCAUGUGGAGGACUCAGAGUGUGCAUGGUACCUACACUGCCUCCCAGAUCUCCAGCUCCCGGCCUAGAUAGGGUUGGGGGGUGAGGGAAAAGGGGGAAAGGUGGAGGAUGGAGAGGGGAAGGGUGAAGGGCAGUGAGAGGGUGGAAAGAGGGAGAGACUGGUAGGGAGUAAGAGAGACAGGAUACCUGUUUUUCCUGUGCUCCCACAGGCUGUUUUUCUGGUUGAAUAAGGUAAUUGAUGAAAACUACCUCAACACGAAAUAAACUAUGCAAAUAUCCAGGUGUGGACCAAGGCACUGUCCUGACUCACUGGUGCUUCAAAAUGUCUGCACUACCCAACCGCCUCCAAGACUGGCAUCUCUGACACACACACACACACACACACACACACACACACUCACUACCCACACACACACACUCACUACCCACAACCACCACUAUGGUCACCUUGAGCAGAAUUCAUUGGUACUAGUCAUAUUUAGGUGUGGAGUGUUGUUAGUUAAUAAGUUAGUUUGAAGCUUUUACAUCAUGUAAAUCAGUACUUGCUGCUGUUAAGCACUGAAUGAACUGAAAUAUAUCUGGUUUAACAUUAAGGUGCUCAGUAGUAUGGAAGUUUGUCAUUUUUGUCACUAUUAUAGCAACUAGAGUUCUGCAAAAUAUUGAAUGACUUAAUGUAACAUUUAACAACCAAUUGAAGCACACAGUUCACAUUUUACAGCUGAAUCUCAUCAGGUGUCAUGUGCCCUCCAGACUGACACUUCUAGGAGUGAAUUUGUGCAUAAUUGCACAUAGACCAGUUCACUGAACUCUGCUCAGAUGUCAUGCAGCUUCGCCUGUCUGCAUGUGUGCUCUCUUUUAACACUUCUUUUCCUUCAGUGAAAUUCAGUAUUUGUUGCAACAUAUUUGACUGAAACAUGAUGAGGAACUUAACAUUUUAGUCUAACUUCACACUGGAUAGCAAGAUACAGUUAGCAGAAAACGUACAAGUCCUGGCUGGUUUGACAACACCCCUUAAACUCUGGUUGUGUUGAUUAUUUUCUGUUUUUAUGUUGCAGAAAAUGAAAAUUAGGGGUUUCUCACUAUUAAUUCCCUUUACUGCUCAUAUUUCUUUUUGUUGCCACUAACUGUGGUUUUCUUCUGAUAUAUAAAAUAUUUAAUAUAUCAGUGAAACUAUUGAGGAACAUAUAAGUGUAAUAUUUUUGAAGUCCAUAACGAUGUUCUGAUUUACAACAUAUCCAGGGGUGCCAGUAAUGCUUAGCAGAGCUGAGUGCGUUUUCUUUUUCUCUCUCUAAAAAAAAGACCCAUUGGAAUGAAUUUAAUGAGAUGGUGCUUUGUGUUAUCAGAGUUGUGGCUACACUAUUAAGUGAUGAGGAGUCAUGGUGUAAAAACAAAAACUCGAGUAAAACCACAGAAGAUUCAAAUAAGUUCUGUAUUUACAUUAACAUUUUCUUCCUCAGUCAAUGUGGUAAAUCACACUACUAUGUGGGGCUAGAGCAGAAAUGUUCUUACAGCAGGAACUUCUAAGCCUUCAUAAUCGAAACAUACUCAUAUUUAUCUCUGCUGUUGGGAAUUGCAGGUUUAAGUAAAUGUUUAAGGCUAAAAUGUCAAAUGUGGAGACGUACCACAUUUUGUUAACACACGCACAUACACACUCAUGCAUGCAAAUCCUCACACACUGGGACAACAUGAUCUAUAACCACGACAAACUACUGGACUCUUCACCCCUUUUGUUUCCUUUUUUAAUGUGUAAUUACUUUUUUGUAAACUAUGUUUGUACUGUGAAUGUGAUUUUUUUUUUCUCCAACUGUAUAGUUGUGCAUAAUUUAGAUUAUUAUAUUUAUGCUGUCAUUCUCUCCAUUUGCCUUGGAAUUUGUUUUUCUCUUUUUAAUCCUGAAAUGUGUUGAUAUUGUAGAAUGCAAUAGUGUGUGUACUUGACUCACAGUCUGAAAACAAUGGUGCUAAAUUUGGACUGUGCCUGAACUUAUUUAUUCUAUAGUGAAAACAUCAAAAACAAAUUGAAUACUUGGUGCUGUACACAGGGACAUUUGUAAAGCCAUUUUUGGCAUUUGCUUUCUCAUAUUUAAUAUGCUAUUAUCUGGUUCUUUAAAUGCCUAGUGUACAACUGUAGAUACCACCUUUCGAUGAAACAGCUGGGUCAGAGUCUGAGUAAACAGGUAUAACGACCCUCUGUUCAUGUUUUUCACACAGUCGUUUUAAACAUUCAUCUGCUCUUAAAAGUGAGCUGCUCAUAUGUAAGUGAACAAGACACACUGUUUUUGUACAUAACUGUUUGCUUUUUGUUGUCUCUCCAUCAUAAACAGAAAGGUAUAUGAAAUAUGUAUCUAUAUACAGUCUAUAUAUGUAAAAGUAUAUAUAGUGUGUGUGUGUGUGUGUGUGUGUGUGUGUGUGAGAGAGAGAGAGAGAGAGAAUAAGGGUGCUGUGGAGCCGGCAUUGUUGCCCUUAAAUUCAGCCUGUUUAAACAGGAGGCCUUUUGAAGCAAAGGGGAGAGAGCAUUGCCACCACAAGACCUUAACAGAUGGCGCCUAACAUCACAGCAACAUAGCACCUGUAUUUUUGUGAUAUAUACACCACAGAACUAGAAACUCAGAAGUUGUUUUUAUUUAACACACAGAGGCGCUGUGGCUCAAACACAACUUGAUUCCAGCACUAGAAAUGUUCUCACCUUUUUCAGAUGUUUUCACUUCUUUGUUUCUCUCUUGUUUUGUUCAGAUUCUGCAGGAAAUAUGGUGCUUCUUUUUGCAAACUAUGGCAAUUCAGAUUUUACAAGCAGUUUUUUGUGGUGCGUACACAAGCUCGUUGCACACACUGUCUGUCUUUAGACGUCUUACUGACAAGUCUGUACCUUGUAAUGUGAGCAUAUUGUGUAAUUGCAAGAGACAUUCUGAUGUAAAACACUCGAGAGCAGCCGAGUUUUGUUUUUCUCUGACAGUGGGAAUAAGCUCAGUUUGUGUGUGUGCUGUUUUUUUGUUUUGUUUUUUUUUUUUCACUUCGAAGAGAAGAUUAGACUAAAGCUUUAUGGUAAAAGCUCCUGUCCUCUGUCCUCCUGUGUUUCUCACCUGCAAGUAUAUAAGUGAAUAAGUCAUUUGUAACAGAAUUAGAAACAAUAGAGUCUAUUUGUUACCAGCACUGAAAGGUCUUUUGUAAUUACUGUUGAUGCUGUUUGAUUUUCUUAUUCUUGGUGUUUGAUACAAUUGCAGUUACAUGUUAUGCUUUUAAUUGUGUCUUCAGAUUCCUGUCAGUUUUUACUACUACUAGUCAGGCAGACAGCACGGUGCUCUCCUUCACUUAAAACAAGGAAAUUGCAGCUAUUGAUGCUAAAAUACUACUCUUCUCCUGUUGUGCUGCAGGGUUUUAUGGUUUAUUAAUCCUCAACACAAGCUUGCCUGGCGGCUUUCUGGACAGCCCUGUCUAACCUGCGGAAGUUUUUCUAAUGUUCUCGAUGUGCGAGUGAGAAUGUUUUGUGGAAGCAGAAAAGUUCAUUACAGAUUUCAUACCACUUCUGUAGCUGAAAGGGAUGAGGUGCUGUUAGCUAUCUAAAUCCUUUGGCAUAUGAGCAUGACUUGAGCUUAAAGCUUCUAUGCAGUUCUCCAUCCUGGUACACUACUGAUUGGCGACAGCUCCGCGGUCAAGGUUGUUUACUUUAAAUCCUGCCAGAGGUCUUAACUUGGGAACUUCCUAUUGUGCUUGAAAUGAAUAAUGUGAACUAUUUUCUUUAAGCUAGAGCUUGUCACAAACCUGUUCAACCAUUAUGUGGCAUUGUGAAGUCCCUCUCUAACCUAACUCAGGACCAGGACAACCCCUUAACAAGUGUAUUUUAAUGUAAAAUGACAUCUGCCUUGUCUGAGCUCCACUGAUUCAUUCUCACUCUCACUUACACCCAGCCUCUCAAGGGAAAUCCAGCUUUAUAGAGCUUUAUAAGUCAGUCUGAUCUCAAGAAGCUGUGAAAUAGCUAUCGCUUUCAGCAUCUUCCUCAUCUCACAAAUGCCUCUGUCUAGAUUUGUGUCUCUAAGAAGGAGGUUCAUUGUCCUCUGGUGGGAUCCAUCCCAGUAUUUGGGUCAGAAACUGAUCAAGGACAGACGUGAACUAAAGUGUGUUUAUGGUAAUCUGACUGGUGAAGCCAGGGCAGGUUUGAGGUGCAAUAACGGCAAACCUACUUUCCAAAAGGCCUUGGAGUUUCGUGGAAAAACUGUUACUGUUUGGUGUUGGUGCUUUUAUCCUAAGAUGUUAUAAUGAAACAUAUGGAAUUAAUGUUUUUUCCCCUGCGUUUUAUGGCUCUUAAUAAAAUGUUUCUUAGAAUAUGUGAAUUUAUUU